AUGCUCCCUACGGCUAAGGGUGAGUAUGCACUUUAUAUUUAACAUUCUACUAUAAAUUGCACAUUUUUUGAUGAUAACUUGUUAAAUGCAUUUUAGCUCGCGAGUGGCAACAGCUGCAAUCCAAAAAGUAUGCGGAGAAGGCAAAAUUCGGUUUUGUUGACACACAGAAGGAGGAUAUGCCUCCAGAACAUGUCCGCAAAAUCAUACGAGAUCACGGAGACAUGACGAACAGAAAGUUUCGUCACGAUAAACGAGUCUAUCUGGGUGCCCUCAAGUAUAUGCCGCAUGCAAUUCUGAAAUUGCUCGAAAAUAUGCCCAUGCCUUGGGAACAGAUCCGCGACGUCAAGGUAACUUUUGAUAUUCUGUAAUAUGUUCAAGGUUCUUUAUCACAUAACGGGUGCGAUCACUUUUGUCAAUGAAAUUCCAUGGGUCGUCGAACCUAUAUACAUUGCUCAGUGGAGCUCCAUGUGGAUCAUGAUGCGCCGCGAAAAACGAGAUCGGCGUCACUUUAAAAGAAUGCGGUUCCCGCCUUUCGACGACGAAGAGCCCCCUCUUGAUUAUGCUGACAACAUCCUUGAUGUUGAGCCCCUAGAGCCCAUACAAAUGGACCUUGAUCCGGAAGAAGAUGGUGCGAUUGCAGAGUGGUUUUAUGAUCGCAAUCCUCUUGUCGAAACACCGUGAGAUUCCUUCCUGCUAUUUUCCUUGUUCACUAAAAUACUUAGUCUUUUGUGUUCGUUCGCACAAAGUUCCUUGUCAUUCAAAGCACAUUUAUGGUAUUCUGAUAAGAGACCAAAACUUGCACGUCUUAUGUUUCCUACUAAGAUCUUCUUUUCCUUUCUAGAUACGUAAAUGGUACCACGUACAGACGUUGGAAUCUCCCUCUCCCUAUCAUGUCUAACCUCUACCGCCUCGCUAACUGUCUGUUGACUGAUCUGGUGGACGACAACUAUUUUUAUCUGUUUGAUCUAAAGUCAUUUUUUACAUCCAAAGCCUUAAAUGUGGCUAUCCCUGGUGGGCCUAAGUUCGAGCCUCUCGUGAAGGAUAAAAAUCUUGAGUAAGUCUUCAGUUUAAUGAUCGAGUUUUCUCAGUGAUGAGGAUUGGAAUGAAUUUAACGAUAUAAACAAGAUCAUCAUUCGCCAGCCUAUCAGGACGGAGUACCGAAUCGCCUUUCCGUACCUGUACAAUAGCUACCCUUUCCAAGUGCACUUGUCGUGGUAUCAUUACCCUAAUGUCCUAUUCAUUAAAACGGAGGACCCCGACCUUCCGGCAUUUUAUUUUGAUCCGUUGAUCAACCCGAUUUCCCAGCGCCACGCCGUCAAAGUGAGUCGAUUGCCCGUCAGUUCUACUUUUAAGGUCCCCGAAGCCCAUAUAGAUGAGGAUCCCGACGAGGAUUUCAGCCUGCCAGAGGACUUCCGUUCGUUUAUGAGUGACACUCCCCUCUACACUGAUAACACGGCUAAUGGAAUAGCACUGUUAUGGGCACCUAGGCCAUUCAACCUCCGAUCCGGCAACAGUCGUAGAGCUUUAGAUGUUCCUCUUGUUCAAAGCUGGUAUCUUGAACACUGCCCUUCAGGAAUGCCGGUUAAGGUAAGUCUUCCAAUUCGACACCAUGACUUCGUUUCUAGGUUCGAGUUUCGUACCAAAAACUCCUCAAAUACUUCGUUUUAAACGCCUUGCACCACCGAAAGCCAAAACCUAUGAAGAAAAGAUACCUGUUUCGAUCGUUCAAGUCGACUAAAUUCUUUCAAACCACCACUCUUGAUUGGGUGGAAGUGGGUCUCCAAGUCUGUCGUCAGGGCUACAAUAUGCUGAAUCUUCUAAUUCAUCGGAAAAACCUCAACUACUUGCAUUUGGAUUAUAACUUUAACUUGAAGCCAGUGAAAACUCUUACUACAAAGGAACGUAAGAAGUCACGCUUCGGUAACGCCUUUCACUUGUGCCGAGAGAUACUUCGUUUGACAAAACUCGUCGUGGACAGCCAUGUACAGUAUCGUCUGGGAAACGUUGAUGCCUAUCAGGUGAGAGCUUACUUCCAUAGGCCCUUAAUUUACUUCUGGAAAUUAAUGAUGAGACCGCAGGGGUCCAGAAGGUAGUUAGUAUGUGAACUACCCAGCUGCUCACCGGUGGCUCUUAGAGCACCAACUGAGAGCUGUGAAACUGCCUUAACUGACUUCGCUUAUACUUGUAUCAACUUUUGUUUUUUAUUCCAAAAGCUUAUCAGGGUUACGUGUUUUAUUUUUAGUUGGCUGACGGUUUGCAGUACAUCUUUUCCCACGUUGGUCAACUGACAGGGAUGUACCGUUAUAAGUACAAACUCAUGCGACAGAUCCGCAUGUGCAAGGACCUCAAACAUCUGCUUUAUUACCGCUUCAACACUGGCCCGGUCACCAAGGGUCCUGGUGUCGGAAUGUGGGCUCCCGGUUGGCGUGUCUGGUUGUUUUUCAUGCGCGGUAUUACACCCCUUCUGGAGCGUUGGCUUGGUAAUUUGCUUUCCCGCCAAUUUGAGGGUCGGCACUCAAAGGGUGUUGCAAAGACGGUGACCAAACAGCGCGUUGAGUCUCACUACGACCUGGAGCUUCGCGCUGCAGUCAUGCAUGACAUUAUCGAUAUGAUGCCCGAGGGCAUCAAGCAAAACAAGGCUAGAACUAUUCUGCAGCACCUGAGUGAAGCUUGGCGGUGUUGGAAGGCAAAUAUUCCAUGGAAGGUAGGCAUUUGUUUCACUUUUACCGGCACUCUUAGGUACCAAACAUGCCGAUGCCCAUUGAGAAUAUGAUCCUCCGUUAUGUCAAAGCCAAAGCUGACUGGUGGACUAAUACGGCGCACUACAACCGUGAACGUAUUCGUCGGGGAGCGACCGUUGACAAGACUGUGUGCAAAAAGAACUUGGGCCGCCUCACUCGUCUGUAUCUGAAGGCUGAGCAGGAGCGACAACACAACUAUUUGAAGGAUGGUCCAUACAUUACUGCCGAAGAGGCAGUUGCAAUAUACACUACUACAGUCCAUUGGCUGGAAAGCCGACGUUUUUCGCCUAUCCCGUUCCCCCCGUUAAGUUACAAGCAUGACACAAAAUUGCUCAUCCUUGCCCUUGAACGACUCCGAGAGUCGUACAGCGUUAAAAACCGCCUGAACCAGUCUCAACGGGAGGAGCUUGGACUGAUUGAGCAAGCUUAUGAUAACCCUCACGAGGCACUCAGUCGCAUUAAACGUCAUCUCCUAACACAGCGUGCAUUCAAGGAAGUAGGCAUCGAAUUCAUGGACCUGUACAGUCAUCUGGUACCCGUGUAUGACGUGGAGCCGCUGGAAAAAAUAACUGAUGCCUACUUAGAUCAGUAUCUCUGGUAUGAAGCUGACAAGCGACGCCUAUUUCCGCCAUGGAUUAAGCCUGCUGAUUCGGAACCGCCUCCACUUCUGGUUUACAAGUGGUGCCAAGGUGUAAAUAACCUAAAGGUAAGUUGACGGACCCCAAUUUCAGUUUUCCAUCCUAUAUGAACUUCAAAAGUGUUAGUUAUAUCCUACUGUUCCCAAAUUAAGUAAUUUGCGGCUCAGUUUAGUAGCAGUGGCCUUAAUUACGUAAGGAUUGACAAAGCAAAUCCGACAGUAACACGAAUUGUGCUUAUGAUCUGGUGACAAGCAUUCCUUUUUUGUAUAGGACGUGUGGGAGACUGCCGAUGGUGAAUGCAAUGUCCUUUUGGAGACGCGCUUUGAGAAGGUUUACGAGAAAGUCGAUUUGAAUCUGCUCAAUCGCCUUCUUCGUCUAAUUGUUGACCACAACAUUGCAGACUACAUGACGACGAAAAAUAAUGUUGUGAUCAAUUAUAAAGACAUGAACCACACGAACAGCUAUGGCAUUAUCCGUGGACUUCAGUUCGCAUCGUUCAUCAUGCAGUACUAUGGCCUCGUUCUCGACCUCCUUGUACUCGGCUUGGAAAGAGCAUCGGAAAUUGCCGGUCCAACGCAGAUGCCCAACGACUUUUUACAAUACCAGGUUUGUUGGCAGCUUUGUGAAGCUUUGGCGCUUUUUUGGAUUGCUUGGUAAUACUACUAUUGACCUAUUAACGCCUUGCUAAACUUCAUGAGGUUAGGAGGAUUUGCUUAGCCGAAAUCCACCAAAUGCAUUUUUAUUUUGUCAUUACUUCGAACCCUGUUGGUGGCUCCAUUUGUAAGUCCGUACCAUCUCCGUGGCCACGUUAUGUAGCUGUCCAAGGUCAAUGAAAGUAUUUAUACUAUCUUUCCACCAGUUUAGAAAAGAAAGCAAACGCCAGCUGCUGUUUAAACUUUCCACUGUGGUUAUAACGUUUUAAUUGUUUAUCUGUAAGUCCCUAGCCGACUGAGUCAUAUUUUUCGCAUUUCCGACCCCUUUCUACCCCUAGUUCUGUUUGUCUGAACUGACCCUCAGCUGGCAUUAAAGUAACGUAAAUAUAAUGGGUCCUGUCUCGCCUCUUACCGCCUUUGGUCCACAUAAGUUUCUCGAAAUAAUUUACAAGAAUUCACCACAUCAGGGACCAGAGGCAAAGUUAGGCAUAAUACAGCGCUAAAUUCAGUGAUAAGGUCCCAUUUGUACUUAGUAGAUCCGUAGAUGCACUUUGCACAGCAUUAAACAAUUGAUGAACAAGUGUGCGGCUAGCUGCCUUAAUUCGAUUAGCCAAUAACAGGCCUCUGUCAAUCUUUAUGUUGUUGUUUGCGGCGAAAGUGACGUGGUGGUGACACUAAUGUUAUCGCUGAUAUCGGUGAUGAUGUUGAUUGCGUUGAUGACUACGGCGCUGACGAUAAAAAUGGCGUAUGCUUUUGUCGCCUUUUCAUAUUAUAAAUAUUUCCUGACUUUCCUCUUCCUUCUUAGGACACUGCCACCGAAAUUGCACACCCCAUUCGACUGUACACGCGCUACAUUGAGCGCUUUUGGAUGUUCUUCCGUUUCACGGCCGAGGAAGCCCGCGACCUCAUUCAGCGCUACCUCACCGAACAUCCGGACCCCAACAACGAAAACAUUGUUGGCUACAACAACAAAAAGUGCUGGCCUCGUGACAGUCGGAUGCGUCUGAUGAAACAUGACGUGAACCUUGGAAGGGCUGUAUUCUGGGACAUCAAAAAUCGUCUGCCGCGCUCUGUGACCACAAUUGACUGGGAAAGCUCAUUUGUUUCUGUGUACUCCAAGGACAAUCCCAAUUUGCUGUUCGCCAUGUGCGGCUUCGAAUGUCGCAUUUUGCCCGCCUGCCGAAUGCCAAGUCAGGCCUCCACUGCAAAUCUACCCAGUGGUGUGUGGCAUCUGCAAAACGAAGUGAGCACUACUUUUUCUCACCUAAGCUUAAUUCACGUAACUACAAGGAUGACGCAGUUAUGGGUUCGGAGUGCUACUACUACUACUACUACUACUACUACUACCACCACCACCACCACCGAGUUCAAUUAUCAGCGUUUGUUAAGCCAGUUUUCUGCGAUGGUCCUGCGUAAAAGUCAUUUUACCAGAACUUUAUGUCCUUCCUUCUAACAGGUGACAAAAGAGAGGACAGCUCAGUGCUACCUGCGAGUAGAUGAAGAGUCUAUGCAACGGUUCCACAACCGUGUCCGCCAAAUUCUUAUGGCCUCUGGUUCAACCACAUUCACGAAGAUAGUCAACAAGUGGAACACUGCCCUCAUUGGCCUGAUGACCUACUUCCGAGAGGCUGCAGUUUCAACCGAACCUCUUCUUGACUUGCUAGUGAAGUGCGAAAACAAGAUUCAAACACGUAUUAAGAUCGGCCUUAAUUCCAAGAUGCCGGCUCGAUUUCCUCCAGUUGUCUUCUACACACCAAAAGUAACUGACUUUGUUUUUUGUUACCUUGAACUAUGCAUAGGCAUACUAGCUACCUAUGACCGUUGUAUCUAACGGUAGAUGAGCAGGAGUUAGCCUAAAUGGUAUACUUUCUCUCAAACAGUGGUACUUUGCGUAGCUUUGCCUAUUCUUGAGCUGACAAGAAGCAUCACUACAGCUUCCGACUGUUCGUCGGGAGCCUCUGUAACAGACAACUGAACUAGACUUUGUUGACGUAAUAAGCGUUAUGGCCAAAGACUGUUAUCGUUCUACCGCGCAACCUUUUUCCGUAAAAAUCCACUGGUUCGGUACUCGUCGACAGGGUCGUAUCCGAUCGCCCAUCCGCCUUAACUGCGUAAUUGGCGAAGUUCUCGAAAGUCUAUUAGGCGUUUUUGGCGCCGAUGAUGUCGACCUACUAAUAUCAGACCAUGAUGGCCUGCAGAUUGUGGCAUCUUGAGUCGAUAAUUUGCUAGAACAGCCUGUUUAGUCAUCAAUCCUGCGAAGACCACUAUUUUGAGCUACAUUUCUAGCUAGAAGAUACUCCUCAUCACCUGGUGAAAAUCGCAAGCAGUUGAUAGUCUGUGCUUUCAUGUUUGCACAGAAACGCUGGAUUUUGCCCUCUCGAAAGCGCAUAGUGUAUCCCAGUAUAUUUUAGAAUAACAGGAAACGUAUUUCGAAACCUCUAUGCCGGACAGUAAGUAGGUGUCAGAUGUGUCAUUCAGGCUAAUCGAUGCAUAAAAAGUAUUCGGCCUACAUUCCUUCCGCUUAUCUUCUGUGCUUGUGGUUUUGAAUCUACUGCACUUUAACAUAAUUUCUGUGACCUGUUCUAGGAAGCGAUACACAAACCGUUUUUAGGAGUUGAAGGUCUGCACAGUCCCUGUUUGACUUUAUUGUUUUUCUUACUUGUUCGACUCAAAGUGUGUUCUCAGACUCAUAACACUACCUGUUUCAGGAACUUGGUGGUUUGGGCAUGCUGAGCAUGGGUCAUGUUUUGAUCCCACAAUCAGAUCUUCGGUGGUCUAAACAAACCGAUGUUGGUAUCACUCACUUCCGCUCUGGCAUGAGUCACAACGAGGAUCAAGUUAUCCCAAAUAUAUAUUCCUACACCCUGACUUGGGAGACCGAGUUCCGCGACUCACAAAGCGUCUGGGCCGAGUACUCACUGAAACGGCAAGAAGCCAAUGCUCAAAAUAGGUAAGCUUCUAUCAUGCAUGCUCCUGCGUAAGAGGCCACUUUUAUUCAAAACUUUAUGACUUCUGAAAUCUCUUACGUCUUACUUCUACAGACGACUCACUCUGGAGGAUCUAGAGGAUAGUUGGGAUCGUGGUAUUCCACGCAUCAAUACCCUAUUUCAGAAGGACCGGCACACUCUGGCCUACGACAAGGGCUGGCGUGUACGCACUGAAUUCAAGCAAUACCAAGUUCUCAAACAAAAUCCCUUCUGGUGGACUCACCAGCGUCACGACGGAAAAUUAUGGAAUUUAAAUAACUAUCGAACUGACAUGAUCCAGGCCCUGGGUGGUGUUGAGGGCAUCCUUGAGCACACCCUUUUCAAAGGCACAUACUUCCCAACCUGGGAGGGCUUGUUCUGGUGAGUGAUCAGUCUACUCUUCUAUCGUACUGUCUUUCCCGUCAUCAGCAUCGUCACUACUGUCCCUGUCUAUUAUCGCAAUCCCUCCCGCCACCACUUCUAAGUAGCGAGCCUUGGCUGUGAGGUGGACGCUGUUUUCAAACAACAGAAGUUGCCACUCACAGUGUCCCUGUGUCGUCAAACUUCAAGAGUUCAUAAAACUGCUUAGUGGACUCACCUUAAGAGGGCAACCGUCCCUUAAAGUGUCUUUAUUUUAGAAUUCUUGCUGACAAAGCAAAGUGGAUAGCAGUGGCCUAUUUCAGCGUACUUAUCGCCUUCACCUAACAAUACCCCCAACCGGUAGCUCAGUAGUAGUGCGCUCAUCUAAGGACUUGCGAGCCCGAGUUCAAAGCUCAGAUCUUACCAGCCUGGGGUCGGGGCAUGACUGGCUGGAGACACUAAACAGGCCUGAAUCGGCCAUCAGUUCCCGUUGUUUCGUCAGUAGCAAAUCACGCCUAUUUGGUGCUAAUUUCCACGCGUCUACCUGCCAAGGCUCUAGAAUUGAUGCAAAAAUAUGACAUUGUUCUAACGUAAGCUCGUCGCUAAAAGCGUUAUGUAUGGUUCAGCUCUGCCGAAACGUAUCCUCGCACGUACACAUCAGCGACAUCUUCAUGCAGUUAACUGACAGCUUUUCGAAGUGCGACGCAUUCGAAUAACGUCGCGCCUUUCCUACCUUCGCCAUGGCUGAGACUCGAAACCUAAAAUUCUGCGAAAUUGGCGCUAGCCUACGAGGGUUUCACUGGUGGAAAGACGGUCCCCAAUUGUGGCUGUUCAGACGUUUUUGCCGCAGCUUUUUGCAGAUUUCAUGGAAAGUUUAAAAGUCAACUGCAUAUGUUCUCCUUACUAAGGCGGCGGUCAUCAGAAUGCUGCAGAUAAAUUCAUAGUACUGACAAUACGUAUGUCUGUGGAGUCGUUAAGCCAAAAAGACGGUAAAGGGAUGAAUUGACGCAAGGGGGGAUACCAUUUUUUCAUCUCCCUGAGAGUCAUGGAAGUUAAGCAUUACCAGCUUGGUGUUGACCUUGGUCACUUUACGAACACAUAACCAAAUAUGCUUCCUUUAGUUACGCUCUUGAACAGAUGGUGCCUUCUUGCACCUGCGGAAUGCGCCGACACUACCAUGCCAUUUUCAUGCGCAGUUGUCUGUGUAGGUUUGCGCGCGUUCCCCAUCGUCAGUCAAGCGAUUUCAAUCAGGCUUAUGUGCUCCGCUGCUACCCGACUAGAAGUAGGGGAAGGGCAGUAACUAAGCGUUCGUUUUGGAGAAGCAGUCGGACUCUUCUUGGAGUCAUAAUAUUGAUAAAAGUUGUUCUUUAACUGCCCUCAGUAUAUUGCGCGUUCGCGAUCAGUGAUCAUUUUUCGUUAGUGGUGCAGGCGCAGAAGUCACCACAAAGACGUUAUAGGAGUCAGGUUCGUAGAAUUUCGUCACCUUUCUUAUCACUACCGUCCUCAUGCUAAAGUUUCGGGUAGGUGAAAAAGAGACGACUAAAUCGUCGCGUCCCUUUCAAACUAACCACUUCUUUAACUGGUUAUUGGAGCCAAGUCCAACACAGGGUAAUAGGACCCUGUUGGCCCUUUGGAGCCUCUAAGUCUCCCAUUGCAGGCUUUCUUCCUGAGCCUUGUAGCCAUCACCUUGUUGUUUGUCCACCUUACUGGGGUGUGUUAAUUACCUUUGCAUACACACACUCUCUGUGUGACCGUCUAUAAAGCCAAUCAUACGAAUGGGAACAAGGCCUCGGCGGAGAAUUAUUCUCCAUCUUGUCUCAGUCACACGCCUUGGGCAAUGUUGCCUGCCCCUUCUACACCACCGAACGCGCCCUCCCACCCUAGCAUGUGAAUUUUGCUUAAAACCAACUUGGUUUCUACAUUCUCUUUGGUGACGAUGGCUUUUUCGUAUCCUCUUUUAGGGAGAAGGCCAGCGGCUUUGAAGAGUCCAUGAAAUACAAGAAGCUGACUAAUGCUCAAAGAUCUGGUCUUAAUCAAAUUCCCAACCGUCGGUUCACCCUCUGGUGGUCGCCUACCAUUAACCGUGCCAACGUAAGCCAAGCCCUUUGGGCGAUUCCCGAUCCCACGUACUCUGAUUAAGCAAAGUCUAUCAAGCUAACUUCUAAGUGACAUAAGUGACUUAACUUCCUUACCAACAGAGACAAGUACAUGAAUCAACUGUCCAAAGUACUGUGUCAAGGUCGUACGUUACAGGUUUAUGUGGUUUCGCUACCAAACCCCAAGGUUUCGAGAUUUGCUAUGAUUCUCUUGGUGUCGAGCAACUUACUGUUCUUCUCGGUUCAAAUCACCGUGUUUCCCACCGUGAAACAUCUCCUACGCCAUAUUCUGUUUGCUUAUCCCCUUCAGGUGUACGUCGGCUUCCAGGUGCAGUUGGAUCUCACAGGCAUCUUCAUGCAUGGAAAGAUCCCCACCUUGAAGAUUUCCCUUAUCCAGAUUUUCCGAGCUCACUUGUGGCAAAAGAUCCACGAGUCUGUGGUUAUGGAUUUGUGCCAGGUCUUCGAUCAAGAACUGGAUGCACUAGAAAUUGAGACUGUGCAGAAAGAGACUAUUCAUCCGCGUAAAUCCUACAAGAUGAACUCUAGCUGCGCUGAUAUCCUGCUUUUCGCGUCGUACAAAUGGCCGGUCUCCCGUCCCAGCCUUCUUGCCGAUUCAAAGUAAGCAUACUUACGUGCCUUAAAUUUAAAUCUUUUAAAGUUAACACCGUGUUCUUACAUUGAGCUGCUUUCAUGAGUCAGUAGGUUCCUUAUACUUUGUUGUUUUAGAUAUUUGGGUUGAAAUUUCACUUGAUGCCAAUCUCAAACAUGACAUCUGUAGACACUGCGGGUAUGUCAUGGUUCCUAGAAGCAUGGGGUGCUGUUGUGUUAGAUCUAAACGAAGCUAAAGACACAAGGGAGCUCAGAAAAGAUAGUCGCGGCAACGUUUGACCUGGCCCCGUUGUAAUUCUGGUAUGUCAUGAAGAAGGAAAAGACAGAGGCCGAUCCUACACAACCGCCCUCAUUGUGAUACAGCGGAGUUUCCUUUAAAUUGCCGUGAUGUUCUAGUAAUUGUGACUUUGAAGACUGCUCGUUGACUGGAUAAUUCGGUACUGUGGACUGAGUGAGAGGUUAAAAUGACCCCCUAACAUGAUCUUAUGAGGCGAUUAUUGGUGUGAAAUCUAAGCGACCGAAUUCUGGCCAUGUCAUUUUGGGGGACUGGCAAUUAUUUUGACAGGGACGAGCGCAUGGUCAGCCGCUGCGUCCCAAUCGAUUUUCGGCCGUCUUGUUUUUAACUUGCCAUUGAAAUGCUCAGGCGCUAGUUGUCCCUGUCUGCCAACUAAAUGGCAGCGAACUGUAAAACCAGCGAAUUCCCCUAUUCGGGGGAUCAGCUGUGCUGUUUGGGUGUCAUCGCUUCCAGCGUCAGGGUACAUCCACUGCGAGGUUUCCCUAUAAUCUUCUUUGACCCUCGGCCUUGGUAACUACGUGAACCUUGAUUAAUUUUCGCUCACUCUCUGGCCGCUAAUGAUGGUGAAGGUUAGUGCGGAGCUUAGAUCCCUCUACAGGGCUCACAAGCCGUUUCACUUUGUGUUGGCAGCCUUAAUAAAUAAGUAAGCCUUGAGAACAAAAUAUACACACAAAAAAUUAGCUCUGGGACGGCUGAGAAUCAGUGGUGAAUGUGUUAAUCAGCUUUCUUAUCGAUAUCUGUUUGAACUAACCGACGCGUACUUCUUCAGGGAUGUCAUGGAUGGUACGACAACACAGAAGUUCUGGAUUGACGUGCAACUGCGAUGGGGCGACUUUGACUCCCACGAUAUCGAACGAUACUGUCGAGCGAAGUUCCUGGACUACACCACCGACAACAUGUCAAUUUACCCAUCCCCAACUGGCGUUAUGAUUGCCAUUGAUCUUGCCUACAACUUGCACAGGUGAGUGCUAACCAUAACCUUACAGUUAAAAUUCGCGUUGAAUAUGGCCACGGAUUAAGUAUAUUUUUUUCUUCGACAUGGUGAUUAAAUUUAGUCUACGCCAUCAGUUGUUUUGGUUUUCCUGUACUUUCCGUUGAUAGCUCUGUACAUUACGAAUCAUUGGAAGUGCUUGUUUGCUUUCGUUAUAGAAAAGUCUGUGAUCAGGGAUUUUUAGUGCAUAUCUAGACAAACUUUCCACUUACUUCAUUUAUACGUUUAAAACGCUCGUUUACAGUCCCAUUGCUUAGAUUCUUUUAUUCGUUUACUCCUUUAGCGCUUACGGCAACUGGUUCCCCGGCUGCAAACCGUUGAUUCAACAGGCUAUGGUGAAGAUCAUGAAAGCCAACCCCGCGCUCUAUGUUCUGCGUGAGCGUAUUCGAAAGGCUCUCCAGCUGUACUCCAGCGAACCCACAGAACCCUAUUUGAGUUCUCAGAACUACAACGAGCUCUUCUCAAACCAGAUAAUUUGGUUUGUGGAUGAUACAAACGUCUACCGUGUGACCAUCCACAAGGUGCUCCUCCCUGACUGUGCUCCAUCCUAACGCGAAAUGUUUGAUAAUACACAUCCCGUAUUUUCUUUAUAAAUCACUGAUCCCAGGACUGGGCACUAGAGUGCCUCAACGGGUUAGAUCUUGGAAUUUUGACUGCCUCUCAUAUAUAACCCUUCAGACUGAAACUGUUUUUGCUUGCAUGCUAGACCUUUGAAGGCAAUCUCACAACCAAACCCAUCAACGGUGCCAUCUUCAUCUUCAACCCGCGUACGGGUCAACUGUUCCUGAAGAUUAUCCAUACUUCCGUUUGGGCUGGCCAGAAGCGGUUGGGUCAACUGGCAAAGUGGAAAACCGCUGAGGAGGUGGCUGCUCUCAUUCGUUCACUUCCAGUGGAGGAACAACCGAAACAAAUUAUUGUCACCCGAAAGGGUAUGCUGGACCCAUUGGAGGUCCACUUGCUCGAUUUCCCGAACAUUGUCAUUAAAGUAAGUUCUGAGUCCUAGCAUCUGGUUUUUCGUCUUCAAAUCCUCUACGCCUUUCCGUUAUACUACCGGUUAAAACUGCCUCAUUGUAAUCUCUUUGGGGAAAACUUUCCUUGAUUUAUAAGGCGGUUAUUGAUGGUGCUGCGUUUAGAUGCCUUUCCAGCGGAUAACAUCGGUAUUGUCAAGCAUGGUGUCCAGGCGCAACCAACGAUGCUCUUGUAUCAACUAUUUUCCAUCUGACGUCUCACCCUCAGCCUCAUGCUUUCAUCCAUUUCUUCCUCAUACCUGCGAUCUCACCUGUUUCUACGCUUUACACGCUAGUGCCUUAGGCCAGCGUGCCUCAAGAUGGCCUCUACUUGCCAGUAAUCGUGGUGGGUCGGGUGCCGACCACGCGUAGAUAGGGCGGACUUCCCUCGAAUAAGGUCCUUUGAUGCGUUUCAGCCAGUCUGGAACGCUUGUAUCAUCCAUCCUUGCCAGUCUUUCAGAUCUUGCCACACCUUGGGAAUUCGUCAGCUGCCAUCGGAACCCAUGGUGCGCUCAUGGCUUUGUGCGUGUUGGCCCAGCGGUGACUCGGGCUACAAAAAUUCCACACGGCCAUUCUCGUGUGCAACUCGCGAGACCACUGACUGCCCAUAAGUAGUGUGAUCGACCACGACCACAAUCUGGCUCUGCACUUGCUUCGGCUGUCGACGGCCCACUCCUGUUUUCUACUACCAACCAGGGGAUCUGCUUUCGACCGUCCUCUUUUUGUUUGAUUUUAUAACGGUCUCCUUUCCGCUCACUGGGUUUUGCUUUUUGGUCAACUUCAAACGUGACAAUUUUAAGCUAACCGCAUGUUUUCCUGUUUGUCAUAGGGUUCAGAAUUGCAACUACCCUUCCAGGCCUGUCUGAAGGUUGAGAAGUUUGGUGAUCUCAUCCUCAAGGCAACUGAGCCCCAGAUGGUCCUCUUCAACCUCUACGAUGAUUGGCUCAAGACGAUCAGCUCCUACACUGCCUUCUCACGCCUUAUUCUCAUUCUUCGUGCUUUGCAUGUAAACAACGACAAGGCGAAGGUCAUCCUAAAGCCGGACAAGACUACUAUCACAGAGCCGCAUCACAUCUGGCCGACCCUGACGCCUGAUGAAUGGAUAAAAGUGGAAUACCAAUUGAAAGACCUAAUCCUAGCGGAUUACGGAAAGAAAAAUAAGUACGUUUUCCAUCCAUUCAACCAUUCUCAAUUACCUUUGGAAUUACACUGGUGUGCAUACACCCAGAGACUAUCUGCUGGAGAAACCGAUGAAAUUUCGGCUUUACGGUGCUGCUGGGUCGCGCGUGUAAAUUCACUGUCAUCAAGUGCACUGUCUAUAUGAGCACCGGUUUGUGUUCUGUGAUGGGCCUUUUUGGGGGAUGUUGGUUAGCUGAAGUUGGCACACGAAUGAACCCAAAACGACCACUGCCUCAGUCCCUUCUGUCAGCCAACACUUAGCAUUGCUUUUCUUGAAGUAAAAUGAAGCAUACACCUGGAUUUUCCUGCUUACUCACUACCUGCGAUUGAUUUGCCUACAUUAUAGCUUAGCUUCUAGCAUGAAGCUCCUACCAAGAGAUGACUGAACUGCCUUUCCACCGACAUUCUGUCUCUUUUUGUUCUUUUAAGCUAAUCUUUCGCGCACUGGCCGAUUUCACAGCACCAACCAACACAAGUGGAUGUAACGUAAAAUAGCCGACGAGGUGCCUAACUGUAUUUUCGCGGUUUCUUCACUUAUCAUUCGAUUUAAGAAUAACCCCCCUCCCCACAAAGUUCUUGGUAACCAGACCAUGCCACCUUCGAGCUUCGUUCGCCAUGGUGUUUCUGAGCUGUUGCUAUAUCAUGUCCUUGUUUUUGGUUGUCUUUAGCGUUAACGUGGCAUCGCUCACCCAGUCCGAGAUUCGGGACAUUAUCCUGGGCAUGGAGAUUUCUGCGCCCUCUCAGCAGCGCCAGCAAAUUGCUGAAAUUGAGAAACAGGCCAAGGAGCAGUCACAACUCACCGCCACCACGACAAAAACUGUAAAUAAACACGGAGACGAAAUUAUCUCCACGACGACCUCAAACUACGAGACGCAGCAUUUCAGCAGUAAAACUGAGUGGCGAGUGCGAGCCAUUUCGGCAACUAACCUCUACCUCCGUACCAAUAACAUUUACGUCAGUUCUGACGACAUUAAAGAAAAUGGGUAUACCUACAUUCUGCCCAAAAACGUCCUCAAAAAGUUCAUCACCAUCUCUGAUCUUCGGGCCCAGGUGCGGUUCGUCUGCUCUUCUGACUAUUUUGUUUUGUCAUCCAUUUUCGUCCCGUGUUUGCUCAUUGGGAGGAAUCACAAGUUUUACUGGCACCCUUGACAGUUUGUGGACCUAAGUACUGAUAUAUCUUGCUCCUCGACAACCUGGUUCAACACAGCCGCCGAAACAGGUUGACGCAGGUAGUUUGGCAGUUUCGUUAGAUGAAGACCUUGUGUGAGUGUGACUUGAUUUUAUCCCGUAUCCCUAUUUCACAUCUUUCGAUCUCACAUCGUAACAGUUCAUUAGUCUCGUUAUCCUCGUUCAGGCUUUCCUGUCCGCUUGUGAGCUAUCGUUAAACACUCGACGGCAGUCCAAACCUGCCCCAAUCUGACGGACCAUUUGGAUCUUGGCUCUCCUGCUUCUCACCAGACUAUACUUUCUGUUGUGUUUUUGGCUAUCUGGUAGUCUUGAUUAAUUUAAGCUGACUUACAUUAAUGCCAAUUUAAUUGUUCGUAGUUUAUGAGACUCGAUCGUUGAAAUUUGCCCUUUUACUUUUAUCAGUAGUUUGUUGUUUGCGCUUCCAGACUUUCAUGACGAUUCUGUUUAUGGGUAUUUUCAUGUCGCCUGGUUUGGCCAACCUGGAUUUCGAAUUAUGUGGACCCAUUUGAACCGGGAGGUCACGCAACCGGCAAACUUUUGCUCCGGAACGGGGUUGAACCCUGUGAUCUACUGGUUGAGCUGUCACUUUUGCCGGUCCUGCGAAUUAAUCGACAUUCUUCCUGACCAGCAAGACAGACCCACUUUUGCCUGAGCGGCUGUUCGGUCGAGCUGCAAUGCCUCCAAGUCUUGAAUUACAGUACAUGGGUCAAUGGCAGUGUCAUUUGGUGGAUCUCGGAAAUGGUUGAGCAGUAGCGAACAACCUGUCUCGUUCGUGUCACAUAAAAAGGGCUAUUUUAUUCAAAUUCCGAAAACGAAAAAAAACAGUUGUUCAUCGUUGCAAGUGUGAUUUAAUGUGCAGUCCUGUUUAUUUUUUAUCCCCAGAUUGGCGGCUUCUUGUACGGCAUUUCGCCACCCGACAACAAUCAGAUCAAGGAGAUUAGGUGCAUCGUUAUGCCACCCCAGUGGGGCACCCACCAGACUGUUCAUUUGCCCAACGGCCUGCCACAGGAUGAGUAUCUACGAGAGCUGGAGCCUCUCGGCUGGAUUCAUACCCAACCGAAUGAACUGCCGCAGCUUUCGCCCCAGGUAAGUCAGCGCUGUCCGGAUGAUUUAUCCAUUUCUCUGAGUGCCCAUCUGUAGUUGCGGCCCAGUAAUAUGGCGGCAGUUUGACAGUUGCGAAUCGACCGCGCACCCCGCGGAGUGGGCGCAGCAUCGGUGACUUGCGCAACAUACACCACACUCUCUCCCUUACCCACAAGGCUCCGAUGGCAAAACGACGCCAGGACGACAGGAAGUGGGUUCGGGCGCAGUGACUGAAAAGGCUAAACAGCUCAUCUAAGUGUGCCACAUACGAUCUGGUCCCCGUAGCAUGCACCAAACCUUUGAGGGAACGACUCGGAUCUCACAUAAGUGAGACUUCAGACUUCCCAACGUUUUGUUAUGGCAAUUUUCCUACCGUACGGCCUAGACCGCGCGAAUUAAUUUCCAACUCUUGGUCCAGAAAUGCAGUCCUUUUAAUAGGUGAUCUCUUUAGAGGACUUUAAACUGUAGGCUAGUCACUUCUCAGGCAAGCGGUGGAUUCGUCUCGACUACUCGAGGUGGCACAUAUACCUUACAACUUGCUAAGAAAAAAUUCAUACCACAUUGUUGCACUUGUACUAAAAAAAUGCCUUCUAUCCAGGAUGUAACCACACAUGCAAGGCUGUUUGCGGAGCACGAUGGAGAACGAACAAUUGUGAUUACAUGCAGUUUCACACCGGGCUCCGUUUCCCUGUGCGCCUACAAACUCACCCCCGGUGGCUAUGAGUGGGGUCGCCAGAAUACAGACAAGGGAAACAACCCGAAGGGAUACUUGCCGAGCCACUACGAACGAGUACAAAUGCUGCUUUCUGACCGAUUCCUGGGCUUCUUCAUGGUGCCCUCACUGGGUUCUUGGAAUUACAAUUUUAUGGGUACGUUCAGUCUGUCUUAUUAAACGUUUUGAGUGCCUGCCUGUGGCGCUCAAUAUCUCGCAUUAGUGAGCUACAAGGCUACGAAGCAACUAGCAGCAGUCUUCUAGGGUGCGGGCAGUGUAGGUUUGGUGCUCCAACUAUUACAUAGAAUAUCCUAAGACCUAACGGCGGUCCUGCGGCUCGGCGACCGUGAACCGCCAUAUAAAUACGCCCUUAUGCCAUUGUUGACUUGCGGUCCAGUUUCAAAGGCCAAGCGAUAGCGGAAACAACCCUGAACGAACAAACAAGUCGACUGCUUGAACUCAUAUUUAACGCAAAUCCCCAGAAGUGUGUGGAACAAAUAUUAGGCGACUCUGUGACGAUCCACACUGCGGUCUGUACCUGUACACGACACGCCCCCCCGAAUGUGCGAACGUUCUUUGUUCCCGGAAGCCUACGUCCGACAGCGCGCAGCAUCCACCGAUACCAUGCCUGCGGUCUGUCCGAAGUUCGAAUACGAGCAGUAAAGACUACCAGGGUGAGUUGUUUUUUUCCUCCACCACCGAUCCUCGCCGCACUUCCAGUAGACACUAUGUCGUGAACGUCUCCAGAGAGGAUAGACCAGAUAAUGCUUCAUGUGGACCCAGUAAACGAUCGGCCAGCGUAAGCGUGCCCGUCGUUUUUGUCUAUGCCCCAACACGAGCUGCCGACCAGCGGUUAUAAGUGUUAUGGAUAAAGCAGCAGGUUUACCCUGACCACCAUAAUUGUUGGACCGAAUCCCAGUUAGCUGGGAGACAUCAACGUGACGGGGUCUAUUCUGAACAGAAACUCCAGCGGGUGUCUCAGAUAGUAAUGACUUCUAGCGAGACCAGAGCAUGUGCUGAGUGUCGAGUCCAACCAUAAACGUCAGGAUGGGUAGGAUUAUUGUUCGGGUCUGCCUCUCCUCAAGUGUUAACUACUACCUAAGAGGGCAUGAGUCCAUGCUGUCCGCUGAUUCUAAAGAUUCGUGGGAGUGGUAUAUGCAUUACCAGAGGGAUGGGCAUCUCUUGUUUGGUUGAUUUCGGGUGUGUCCAGGGUAAUUGUUGGUCGACGGACGGUUCGAGAUGGCGUGAGGCGACUUUGUCACGGGAGAACCAGAAGCAGAAGUGAGUGACCUUGACCGUGCGGUGCGCGCUUACUCAAGUGUUGGAGGGUAGGCAGUACCAUGGUGACAGUCGCCACAGUUGCAAUACAGUUUGAAAACUUUCUCCCUAUGACCAGUGCCUGGAUUGGACCAGACAUUUCUUCAGACAUCCAUCUAACUUCCCGUUCUGAACUGACUUCAUUUCAGUGAGUCCAAGGCUCCAUAGCUGUGUUAUUAACGAGCCGACACGUUGCACUGAAUUCGGCGACUGUUUCUGUUAAGAUGCUAUCCCGCGCAUGCGCCUGCAUACUCCCCAUCUGCACUCAAAGUGCUUCGUUGGCUCACGACGGCCUCUGAAAGCAGAAGUCUACUUCCUACUCUACAGCUCGAAUGUUGGCCUGUGUGCGAUUCAAAACUGGGCCACCCAGCUACCUGAAGGCAAUCCUCCGAGUUAAGCAUAGAAUUGAAUAAGAUGAUCCGCGCACCUUGUGGUAACAUCGCUAGUCCUCCAAGCCAUCUAAGAAAUAUGGCUGGGAUGGUACUGACACGUCCUUCGUUGUGUGUUCCAUGUGUUCACGGUUGCCGCCCUAAAUCGAAAGCUCCCGCACCUCGAGCCAACGAAGAGGCCAGGGCAUCGUCCGACUCGGCACGGCACGUCAAAACCGACGUGGUAUUUAGCCCUUCAAUAUUCGCAUUUUGCUGUUGGAGCCAAGAGUGGGUUCAGUCCUCAGAUCCACUGUCACAGAUUGUUCGGCAUUUUUGAGGCCAACUUAAUUAGACAUGGUAAGUGAUGUAAGCCAUUUGUCAGCUAGUGGACGAUACUGACUGCGUUUUGAACUUUCGGGAACCUAUAUCAGUACUGGCGACAACUACCUGUCCGGGAACUUACCACUAAGCUAAAAAUUGCUGUCUUUUUUCGGUCCUGUAGGGCCAGUGGCCACAUAUAUUGCGGCCACUUCAUUUUGACACUUCGCUACUUUUUAAUUGAAAGUGUCGGCCUGUCUAAUUGUCUGGAAUUUUGCGAUUCACACCUACUACUUUGCCAUGUCUACAUGUCUACAUCUACCAUGUCAUGCAUUAGUUCCCAGCAUUCUGUAACACGGCGUAUAAAUGGACUAUCAGGAGUUCACCGGCCUUCUUGAAAAAUAAUAAUCUACCUCUGGUCUCCCACUGGGGACCGUAGUCUAGGACGCCAAGUCAUUGAUGUCCUCGUUUAGGGCAUGCGGUAGCCCAAGCUGGACGAGAAAAAGGUGGCUCUUCAGUUUAUCAUACACGCCGUUUCAUUGAAUUGAAGUGUGAAAACGUCAAUUUUAGGUGUUCGCCACGACCCGAAUAUGAAGUACGAGCUGCAGCCGCUCAAGCCCAAAAAGUUCUACCACCGUGUUCACCGUCCUUCGCACUUCCUGAAUUUCACCACCAUAGAAGAAAACGAAGCAUUUUCUGCUGAUCGUGAAAAUCCUCUGGCGUAA